AUGGAUGGCUCGGGCGAAGAAGGUCUGAGCCCGCCAGCCGUCCAGGUGGACGAAUGCCAAGAGAAGGAAUGCCAAGACGAGUUCAUGGAGCCGGAGCGCGUGGCGCGGUGGAUGGCCCAGCUGCAGGUGCUAGACCCAGAGCAGCUGAGAGCCGUCACGGCGGGAAAAGCGAUGCAGGCCUUGGCCUGGCCCUACACGAAGGAGUGUGGUUACCGCGACAGCUUUGUCACAACGAAGCAGGUUGGGGACUUUUGGUCUCACAGUUGGAGGACACCAACGUGGAAGAAAGCGUGGUUGCUGCUUUGCCGCUAUAACGGCAUGCCUGCCACCAUUCUGGCCACCUUGGGCGCGUCGGUGCUGUGUACCCUUGGGUGCCUGGACAUGAUUCCCGGGUACACGAAACAACCUUGGAGUGGACCUCCAAUCAAAAUCGCGCCCUGGUGCCUGCUGACAGGGACACUGCUCUUUUAUCUCGUGGCCUACUUGUGGCAAUCGCGGCAGACGGUCUGGAUGGACUUGAUGUGUAUUCAUCAAACCGACGGGCAACUGAAGCAGCGUGGUUUGUUGAGCCUUGGGGCCAACAUCAAGAAUGCCAAGGGCAUGCUCAUCCUGUGGGAUGAGACCUGGGUCGAGAGGCUUUGGUGCAUUUUCGAGCUUGCCGCCUUCUUGAAGAGCCAUGAGGCGGCGAAGCAGCAGGUCGCAAUUCUGCCCGCUUUUACGAGCACCUUCUGGUUGGCCCAGUUCGGUCUCGCCUUUCUGGUGAUGAUGUGCAAUAUCGCGCUCCCCUUCGACCAUGUGCUUGUGGUCAUCUUGGCACUGGUUGGCAUGGCAACCGUUGCCUGCUUGCUUGAGAUCUUGAUCUUCGACUUCUACGCUCAUUUGGAUACUCUGGAUGCUCGCUUGAGGAACUUUUCCAUGGAUCAUGCAAGCUGCACCUGCUGCACCAUGAAUCACAAGGAUGAUGACGGUCAGAACUUGUCUUGCGAUAGAGACGUUCUAGUCCUGUGCAUGCGCCUCUGGUUUGGCUCAGAGGAUGCUUGCGCAAACCACAUCUCCACGACUGUGGCUGACGCGGUGAGAGAUGAAUUGGUGAAGUUUCCUUGGCCCUACCGCUCGAUGCUGGCAUGUGGGGUUCCACUUGUUUGGGCUUACAUGGAUCACCUUGCGGCACGGAUCCGAGAGGAGCGAUGGCAAGAGGCCGGCGCUGUGCUCAUCGACUUUGCGUCAUGGUACUUGAAUACCCUGCCGGCAAUUGCUACCUUCACCAUUGUUUUAGUGCGCAAAGCGCGUGCAUUGUCCACCAGCAAGCCACUGCGCUGGCUUUGCCGUAUGGCAAAUGUUGUGCUUCACCUGUUCUUUUUGUCCGCCGAGCGGCUCUGCAGUGCCUGGAUUCCGGAGAGGCUGCAGAACGAGGCGCUUUUCUUCGCAAUCUCCUUGAUACCGGCGCUUGUUGCCUGGAGGAUGCGAGUCGUUUCAGGCAGACAGCCGAUCCCUCGGAUCUAA